CACUGUAACUCAGGUGAGCUCACAUCUCCCUUCAACAUGUCCUACAGCUGCUGCUCUGGAAACUUCUCCUCCCGCUCCCUUGGGGGCUACCUGCGCUACCCAAGCUCCUCCUGUGGCUCUUCCUACCCCAGCAACCUGGUCUACCGCAGACCUCUGCUCUCCCAGCACCUGCCAGCUGGGCUCCUCCCUCUACAGCGGCUGUCAGGAGACCUGCUGUGAGCCCACCAGCUGCCGGACGUCCUGUGUGGUGUCCAGCCCCUGCCAGACGUCCUGCUCCCUCCCGAGGACCUCCACGUUCUGCAGCCCCUGCUGGACUGCUUACCCUGGGUCUGUGGGCUUUGG